AUGGCUGCCGCCGGGGCACCUGAUACCGUGGCACUAGAGCGGAUCGUGGGGGCCCUGAAGAUGCUGCUAAGCCCCGGAGGAUCAGGUUCCAGUUCAUUACAGAUCACCAAACAUGAUGUUCUGUUGGAUACUUUAAAAUCUAACUUGUCAGCUUUGGAUGAAAAGUUUGAGGAGGAUCCUGAAUGGAAGGAGCUGAAGAACCUGCAAGAUGUAAUUGCAUCUGGGGCAGAAUGGCUACAGAACUCUGUGGAUGUUACCUGGAAUUUUACUUCUCAACUUUUAGUGUUACUGUUGUGUCUAAAACAAAGCAUGGUUCUGCUAGCAGCCAAUUUCCAUCCACCUGAGCCAAAUCCUAGAACUGCAGAAGCGGCCCCUGUCCUAAGUCCUGAUACGCUUAGUAUAUCUCAGCAGAAAACUGUUCAGUCGGCUUUGCAAUUUGUGGUUACCCUGGGGAUCUGUCCCUUUCUUUUGCCUGGUGUUGGAAUCCCUCUGCGAUGCCGGACAGAAUUUGGUGCAGUUAUUCAAGACAUUGUCUCUUUUUCUGCUGCUCCCAGUGCAGUUCAUAGACUGUACACAAGCUGCAUCGUACUGCUGGAUGUUGCAAAACACGUGUCCCUGGGCAGUCUGAUUCUCAGUCGCCACCUUGGAGACAUUGCAGCAGGGCUCUGCCAGCUAGGAUUCUGCCCCAUGAAGAGGAAAGAUGAAUUAGCAAAACCUUUGGAAGAAGGUCUAAAGGAAGAAGAGAGGACCCAAGCCAGAAAAGCCUUGCAGAGCAUUUUAGAUCAAGUCUACCAACCCCUGGUUGUUCGGGAGUUGAUUAUCCUCCAGGGAGGACCUCAACAGAAAUGCUCAGAUGUGAAAGCAAUGCCCAGUGCUCGGACCCCAGCCUGGCUUCGACGUCUUUGUGGGCAGCUGCUUUCAGAAAGAUUGAUGAAACCUCAUGGUGUUCAGGCUGUGGUCCGGGGCAUCUUGGAAGGAGCUGGUGCUGGAGCAGCUGGUGGUGCUGGUGCUGAAGCUGUUGCUGCUGACUGGAGGAAGUGUGACAUGGUGGCUAAGAUUCUGGCCUCCUGCCCCCAACAAUCCCUUUCCUUAGAAGAUUACUAUCAGCAGAUCUGCCCUCAGAUUCUAGAUUUAUUGCACAUUCGGGAUAAAUUGGUAGCCCGGCAGUUUCAGAGAGUUGCUACCACUACCUUCUUGACCAUUACAAGAGAACACCCUCAGCUGGCCAUGAAACACUUGCUGCAGCCAGUGUUAGAGCCGGUUCAUCGAUGCUCCAGUACAACAGAGCUGUCAACCAAGCAGGAAUUACUACCAGGAACCAUCGUGGUAAAAGAGGAAGAACUUAGUUGCUGUUUGGAAGAUGUGUUUAAGGUGUUUGUGGUUGGGAACGAGCCUGGAUCAGCCUUGCUGGAGUCCUUGUGUCCAGUUCUGGGGAUUAUUUUUUCUCUCUAUUGCUUUACACGGCAGAAUGUCUCUCCUUUAAGGUCUUUCUGCCAAGAGAUCUUGUUGUGGAUGCUGGAGAAGCUAGAGAGAAAGGCAGCUCUGGCUGCUCUGAAAGGAUUGGCAGGUCUGGAUAAGUCGAUGCCGUCUCUCCAUCCGCUGUGUGAAUUCAGAGCUGCCAGUCAAGGCAGUACAAUGGUAACCAUCAAAGAAACUACUAGUGAUGAGGACGAAGUUUUAUAUCAGAAAGUAGCCUCGGAGCAGGGCCAGGUGGAAUUUCUAGUGGACCUGCUGUCCCAGAGGCAAGAGUGUGGCCUGGCCGGGGACUUCUUUGUCUGCUGUUUAGAGGAGCUGACACAGGUAGCGGUGGAAAAGAAAGUCAAGAUCCCCCCCAGCCCCAUCUCCCACACAAGCCUUUUGGCCCUGGAAGACCAAAGUUUCCUUAUUGAAGAGCAAGAGAACAAGCUGCUUCUCUUGCAAGUGGUAGCCGUCCUGUGUGAGAGAAUGUCCGAGACUAUUUUCACCAGCGUCACCCAGGUGGUAGAAUUUGUAGCAGCAACACUGAAGAGAGCAUGUGUCAGCUUAACCCAAGAGGCAGAGAGUUCUGUGGAAGCACAGACUUUGAGUAUGUCAAUGGGACUGGUGGCUGCCAUUUUGGGAGGGGCUGUUCAGUUGAAAUCAAAUGACUUUGAUGUCCUGAAGAAGUUGGUACCCCUCUUAGAAGAGGUCUCUUGUACAUACCCAGAACCUGUCAUUCAAGAACUCGCUGCUGAUCUCCGCAUCACCAUCUGUACCCAUGGUGCCUUCUCCACUGAUGCAGUCAGUGCAGCUGCCCAGGUUACCAUGAAGAAAAAAGAGCCAGGAGGGGACAAGAUGGAGGGACAGCUUCAUUCCAAAUCUCGGAGAAGUUCUGAGGCUGAUGUGGUCCAGACCCACUCAGGCCAGCAACCCCAGUGUGAGAAAGCCAGCCACACAGAGAGCUCCUCUGCUGCUCCAUCCAUGCCCCCUGAGGCCCAGGAAAGUCGCCCCAGGCAGCAGUGCCUCUUGGCCGAGAGCACUGCUGCAAACCAGAGCCCCAGAGGUGCAACCCCAGAACAGUUUCAAGAGGUCCUCUUGUCAGCCUAUGACCCCGAAAUUCCAACACGGGCCGCUGCUUUGAGGACUCUUUCCUGCUGGAUAGAACAAAGAACUCCUCAGGCUCUUAGGACCCAGGAGAAGCUUCUGAAGGUAUUCUUAGAGAACAUGGAGCAUGAGGAUACUUUUGUGUAUUUGUCUGCAAUUCAGGGUGUUGCCCUGCUGGCAGAUGUAUAUCCUGAGGAAAUCCUUCCAUCUCUGCUGGCACAGUAUGGGAAUAGCACCAAAAAGCUCCCUCCUGAGACCAGAAUGAAAGUUGGAGAAGCACUGAUGAGGAUUGUUCGAGCUCUAGGAGACAUGGUCUCAAAGCACCGAGAGCCUCUGAUUCACAGCUUCCUGAGGGGAGCAAAGGAUCCCGACGGCAGCCACCGGGCCAGCAGCUUGUCCAACCUUGGGGAACUCUGCCAAAGGCUCCACUUCCUGGUGGGCCCCGUGCUUCACGAGGUGACGUCGUGCCUGAUCGCUGUGGCGAAGACGGACCCCGAAGCCCAGGUUCGCCGAGCUGCCGUCCACGUCGUUGUGCUUCUGCUCCGAGGGCUCAGCCAGAAAGCCACCGAAGUGCUGAGAGACGUCCUGAAGGACCUUUACCGCCUGCUGAAGCACGUGGCCCGCUCCGAGCCAGACGAGGCAGCCCGGCUGCACGCCCAGCUCGCCCUGGAAGAGCUCGAUGACAUCAUGCGGCGCUUCCUGUUCCCGCCGCAGACCUUGGAGAAGAAGAUAGUGGUGCUGCCCUAGACCUCCCGCCCUGGGUGCUCCACUGAGGCCUGGACCCGGAGGCCCCCGGGCAGCCCCGCCCAUCCCUGCCCGGAAGUGCGCCCAUCCCUGCCCGGAAGUGCGCCCUUCCCGGCCGAGAUCUGAGCUCUUAGCGAGAACAUCCCCCUAGAACGGCCGGGUGGGGGCCUCGGGAGGGAGGCCGGCUGGCCCAGCCACCCCUCAUCUCAUGGAGGAGGGAAGCCCAGCCCAGACGCUGAGCGAGUCAGCGGCUCCUGCCUGCCCGCCCAGACCUCUGCCCCGGGCCACACCGAGGCCCCCCCCCCCCAGGGGUACAGGGCAGGGGGGAGGGGAGCGCUCACGGGACCGGAAGGGGAAGCAUUGGGGAAGAAGCCGCCCUCUGCCCUCUCUCCCGGCCUCACCGACGCGCCAGGGGCCGGCACAUUGUCCGUGACACGAAGCUGCUUCUCCACGGUUUUUCCUAAAUCCCCCACUCGUGUGACUGGGUUAUGCGGGGAGAGGUUUCCCAACGAAAGUGAUGGAUGCCUGUUUACCUGGGCAGGCGUGUGGGUUGCUUGAAGGCAUUGGUCGCUUACAGGAUACAAAAUAAAAUAACCUCAAUGAUGGUGACGUAAAAAAGGCAUCAAGAAAACAUUUUCCGAAGAAAGA